AUGCCGCAGCAACCCUCCUCAAUCUCCCCACUAACUACAUUCUUGAUCGUCUGCAUCUUCGUUCUAGCUCUCUUCCCCAGUCUCUUCGUCUCGAUAGCGUGGGCACCCUACAAUUCGCUUGUAGACUACACGUUCCCCGCCGCCGCAACGCGCAGAAGUGUACUGUGCACGACACCGAAUAUCUGCACCGCAGCAACAGCAACAGCAACAGCACCGACAAUGUCGUGGUUCCAGAAAUCCCUCACCCUGCCCACUCGCAGUAGGGGCACCUAUCUCGUUACCGACCACAUCAACAAAGAGCUCCCCGAGAUCAAGCAGUACAAAACAGGCCUGCUGAACCUCUUCAUCCAACAUACAUCCUGCGCGCUGAGUCUGAACGAGAAUUGGGAUCAGGAUGUACGCGCCGACAUGACGGAUGCGCUGGAUCGCAUUGUACCCGAGGACAAGAAGGGCGAGGGUCUGUAUCGACAUGAUGCCGAGGGUAGCGAUGAUAUGCCUGCACAUGUCAAGUCCGCGUUAGUCGGCGCGAGCGUUACGAUACCUAUUACAAAUGGCAGAUUGGCGACAGGGACGUGGCAAGGGGUCUACUUCCUAGAAUUUAGGGAUGUCAAACAUUCCAGGAAGGUGGUGGCUACGAUUCAGGGCGAGAAGUUGUGA